AUUAGCGGGCGGCAACAUGCUGGGCAGGUCAAAGCAGAAUCAUUGAGUCGAUUGAAUGAGCUUGAGGAUAUGCGUGAGAAAGUGGAGGCCAAGAAGUUGAUGAUGAGAAACAUGUCAACGCAUUGUCAGGUUGCAAAAGAUGAUGCCAAAAAGAAAGAGGACAGUCUUGGUACUGAAGUUCGAUCAUUGUUGGUUGCUGGAACAUCUCUAUCUGUAGCAAAGAAGCGAUUACAGGAAUCGAGUAGAUUACUGACUGGAGAAAGAGGUUAUGUUAAGCUCAAGAAUGUGCAGAGGAAGCUUCGAGUGAGGCAACAGCAUAUGAUAUCACAAGUUUCAUUGCUUUAUCCUGUUAAAAUCUUGGUUGGAAAGACACAAGAGCAAGAACUUGAAGCCUUUCCUAGCAGUAGCAGAUUAGGGAAUUCUACUUCUACUGGAUCGAAACCUGUUAAUCAAGGAUCCUUGACAAUUUUAGGUCUGCAUCUGACCAUGCUUCCUUUUACAAAGAUGAGCUUUUUUACUGACAAGAAGGAGAUUCAGAGGUCUGCAACUGCCUUGGGAUAUGCCGCGCAUGCUGUUACACUAAUAGCUUCUUAUUUAGAAGUUCCUUUGCGUUAUCCUUUGCACUUGGGUUGUUCCAGAUCAUUCAUCCAUGACCAUGCACCAUCAAUAGAGCCUACAUCUUCUGAUUUGUCAUCAGAUGCAGCAGUCUCCGGAAAUUCAAAGCCCAUGGAGUUUCCACUGUUUCUGGAAGGUCAAGACGCAACAAGAGCAGCUUAUGCUGUAUUCUUAUUAAACAAGAACAUCAGAGAAUAGGAUAGUUAAAUAAUGUAAUAGUUAUGAAAAUCAAUGCAAGGAUGAAAGUUUGCCUUGGUUAUUGAGAUAGAAAUGUCAAGUAUACGUGCAAGUUUGUAGUUUGGGAUACCAAGAAUAUAAUUAAUGGGAACAACCAAAAAAGCAAGUGGCCUUGUUGAUACUCCUGUUGAACUUGGUGUACCUGUGAGAGUUAGGUUUUAAUUUAUUGGCAAAAUUGUUUAAUGGGAUUCCAAUGACUAAGGAGGUGCUCAGUGAUUUGAGGAGCAUUAUUUAUUUAAAGGGGAUAUUUGUGGUUGUAAUAAUAAUCUUGAGAUUGAAGGUUGUUUGCUGGUUCAGCCGAAAUGCUUGGGGUAGUAAAUAAGUUGUUUAGAUGAUUAUGCCUUAUUUCUUUAUUUUUUUUAUUCAGUAAAUAUUAUAUCUUCUUCCUUAAUUCUUAUGUUGUUAUAACGUCUUUCUCCAGUGACCACAUUGUUCCUGUGGUUGCAGGAUAUAGAGCAGCUUUUGAAUUUCAUUGGUGUUAAGAGUUUAGGACCAAGACACGUAUUAGCAAACUUAAAGGAGCUACUGAGGACCAUUCAGUCUCGAGAGUACAUAGAUACAUGAUUUGGUUUGUAGGGCCUGACUGUACGCUUGGCUACUUACUGUAAAUGGAUUCAUUAUAUUCUUACAGCCGGUGCAAAAAUUUUUGACCCAGCACCUUUGAUAGAGCCUUGUUAAUUACAGACAUUUUCAUCUUAAAGCAAAAUCAAGUUCAAAUUCGUAU